UCUGGUUUAUUAGGUUGUUGUUUAUUGAUUUUUAAUUCAUUUAAUUGAUUGUGACCCUUUAAUUAGUUACCUAUUGUCAUUUACCUGUUUUUUACCUUUACCUUUUUCACCUCAUUUGAUGCUUUUGUAAUUCAACCAUCACCACAAUGACUGCUAUUGAUAAAAUGUAUGACAACUACAACAUCCUUGUGGAUGCAGGGGAUAAAAUAACCGAGCAUGAAGAUAAAUACCUGGAGAUUCUUAGCUCUGUCAAAGGUUCUGCUAACGAGAAGAGACUUGCUUCUCAAUUUAUCAUCAAAUUUUUUAAACAUUUCCCUACACAUUUCAAUGCUGCAAUUGAUGCAUUACUUGAUCUUUGUGAAGAUGAUGAUAUCAACAUAAGAAAACAAGCUAUAAAAGAUUUACCUUCCAUUUGUAAGGAUUGUAAGGAAUAUGUUCCUCGGAUCACUGACAUUCUUGCCCAAUUACUUUUGGCCGAAGAUACCACCGAAUUACAAAUAGUUAACAAUUCGUUGAUUGCCGUUUGUAAAUUAGACCCGAGAGGUUUUCUAGGAGGUAUUUUCUUACAAAUCGAAAGUGGAGAAGAUAUGACCAAGGAGCGCGUUCUUAAAUUCUUAUCUACCAAGAUGAAAACUCUUCCUGAGGACACAUGGACAAAAGAAGAUGAAGAAUUUAUUCUCCAAGAGAGUCGUAAAGCUUUAUUAGAAACUUGUACAAAGGAAGAUUUCAUGUGUCUCAUGAAUGUUUUAUCCAGUCUCAAGAUAUCCAAAACAAUCACCGCUCAACAAGUUCUAAUUGAUAUGAUUACUGAACAUGCUGAAUUAGAUAGUCCCUUCAACCCAGCGGAACCUGAAAUGAUUGAAAAGUUUUGUAUGUGUGUUAAAGCAGCGAUCCCGCACUUUUCACCCUUUGUACCAUCAAAUCUUUUCGUUCAAUACAUUUGUACUCAAAUUAUUCCUUGCAUGAACGAAAUGGUUGCCUCUGUAACUGGUGAAAUGGCCGACACGGAAGUGGAAUGUCUCCAACAAUUAGCUGAACUGUCUACUUUCAUUCAACCAACCAACACGAAUCUCCCGAUCAACCUGGACGAAUGUCAAGAAUUGGUAUUCAGUAAACUGUUUGACUACAUGCCAUCGCCCUCUCUUUCAAUAGAAACCGAGGAAAAGUCAGAAGAACCAAGUCUUCAAUUAUUUCCUCUUGAGUCUCUAAUGUACACACUUUACACUUUGAGCAUCCACAAUCCAGAGUUCAACUCAAAAGUAGAAGAGGAAAGAAUGAAAGAUUACAAGUUACGACUUCAAUAUUUGGCUCGAUUGAUUCAAGGUUACAUUAAGAAAGCACGAGAUGCCACUUCUAGUGACAAAAAAACAAUACCAGAGAGCGAUGAGACUCGAGCCAACGCAAUGACCCUGCGAACUGCAACCAACAUCAACACUCUGGUUAAAGAGCUUUUCCAUCCCAAGCCCGCAAGCAAAAGUAGUGUCAGUUUAAGCUGGAAACCGAUAAAAACAAAAGCCGCAGCCAUCAAGCGAUCUAAUUCUAACCUUGAUCCAAACAAUGGGCAAACCACUGCGACAACAAAAACCGAGGAGACCACAACUAAUCCUACUAAUCCAAAGAGGAAACCAAUCACAGCCCCAGAAGAUUCAAGUCCAAAGAAAACACAAAGGCAACUUUACGCUCCUCCAAGUGGUAAAUUUAGCCACAAUUUCCGUGGAGGAUAUCAAAAUAAUCGUGGACGAGGUCGUGGAAUGGGAGGUGGUGGCGGUGGAGGUUUUCGCGGAGGAAACAGAGGCCGUAACAAUAGAUACAGCAAAAGAUACUCUUAUUAGAAAAUUACUCCACUCAAUUCACCCAUUUUCUCAUUAAACCUGCUGUUUAUCAAUCUCAGGACAAAUUGGAAACAAUUCUAGCUCUUCAUGGAUCAAUCUUUUUCCCCUUCAAUCGACAAACCUCCCAGCAAAUUAACUUAACAACGUUAACAAUCAACAAAAAAAAAUCAAUUCAUCAAUUCACAUUUAAAGCCAAAAAAAAUCAUUGAUUGUAUCAACAAAUAUCUGGAAAAAAAAUUACUAUUUAGGUCGAAGAAGAAAUUAAAUUAAAAGCAAAAUCUUUUUCACAAUUA